AGUUUCACGAGCACUUCACUUCACGAUGCGGCAAGACAUCCGAUCGGAUCGCGAUUUCACGGUGUUGCCUGUAUUUACCAUUCACUGUCAACAAUGUCAUUCACGUUUAACGAACGUCAUCAAGCGUAGAAUGUCAAAAGGCUCUUCGAGACAUACGAUACGGUAUUUUGAGUAUUCGAUAUUUCGUUCCGUACGUUUCGGUGCAAUUAUUCGCGUAACCGACAAUGAGCAGAAAUGGCGAUCUUUUUGUACGGCGAAGUAAAAAUUCUGAAGGCAAGAUCGACGUCGACAAACCACUUUGGAGUCAGGACACAUAUUUCGGCAGAUGGAUGCAUUACGCUUUCAUCACGGAUUGCCGUACAGUAUUUGUGUCAGAAAAGAAAUUACGAGAGGCCAAGAAACUUUGCGAAGAUUACAAAGCUGGGAAAGAGCCGGUUGGCUUGCAACAUAAGGACAUAAUCUAUGCAAAAAAACUCAAAGACAGUGCCUUUCAUCCUGAUACUGGUGAGCUUAUGCACGUAUUCGGCAGAAUGUCCUUCCAGUUACCCAGUUCCAUUGUCCUUACCACUGCCAUGCUGACAUUUUACAAAUCAACUUAUGGGAUCAUAGCAAGUCAACUGAUUAAUCAGGGCAUUAAUGCAGUUGUUAAUUAUACCAAUCGAAGUGCCAUGAACGAUGAUCCAGAAGAUGUUAGCAUGAUUCAUCAAGCUUUUGCAUUAGCCACUACUGCAAGUUGUGCUGCUGCUUUGAGCUUCAAGAAGAUACUUUCUAAUAAAGGAGCCCUUUUUGAACGUUUUGUUCCAUUCUGUGCGGUUGCAGUCGGCAACAUAGUGAAUUUACCUAUUAUGAGACAACGUGAAAUCACACGGGGUAUUCCAAUCUUCACUAAGGAUGGGGACGAGUGCAUUAUGAUGUCGCGGAUAGCUGCCAUCAAGGGUAUCUCCGAGUGUAUCAUCACCAGAAUAUUAAUGGCGGCACCAGGGAUGCUAUUAGUCCCUGCAGUGACUCAACGCCUACGACUGUAUUGUUUCUAUCAGCUUCGAUCAUGGGUCGUCAUGCCUAUUGAGAUAGGCCUGAGUACAAUUUGCUUGUUGGUCAUGAUUCCUUCGGCGCUCGCCAUUUAUCCGCAAAGAAAUUCAAUGAAGCCAGGAUUAAUGAAGAUGUGUCCGGGCGAGUACGAAGAAUUUCAAAAGGCAAUGGGCGAGCAUGCGCAUCCGGACAGGGUUUAUUACAACAAAGGAUUAUAAUCGACUUCGUUCUUCUUUCCACUGAGGUGACAUUUAAAAUUUUGUCAUUUCAGUUCUCGGCCGAUUUCAGAUGAUUUGCGGUUUUUCCGUGAAUUACAUUCUUUAGUAUCGCACAAAUAAGAAAAGGGAAAGGGACCAGAAUUAGCAGUUGUUUAACCAACGUCACACGGCUUGUCUGAUCGACCCCG